GACUGAGUGUGUGAGGGAGGGAAAUGCUGUCAAAGCUGCAGAAGCUGUUUUCAAAGAGCAACUCCAAACAAGAACUGGGGAAAGGAGGAAGCGACAGCCAAGAUGCUGCAGCUUCAUCGAAAGCCAAGCCCCAGGACCGGAGGUUUGAACAUUUCUAUAGCCAUAAGGAAAGCAGUGUGGGCAAAGUUGCGUUCUCUUCCCUUCCCAAGCUGAAAUGGUUCCAUCUGUCCAGGAGAAAGAACUCUAUCUCGCUGAGGAAUUGGGAUAAAUUAAGCACGUUCUGGAGCUGCUGUGGAACCCAAAAGGUCUGGACCCAAGAAUGUAAGGUUCUGGAAACUAAGCAAGAGUCAAGGAGCUUGUCCACGGUUUUAGAUUCAACAUCAACAAGCCUCAACCACUUCUCCACCUCCUCUGUCUUUUCAUCUACUUCCAACGGGUCGGAUGUGAAUGACAGCAUUGAACUAGAUGGUGAUGCCGUCAACAUCAUCCUCAAGCGCAUGCAGGAGGAAGACAAGAGCAAACAGGAUGAGAACGGGGACAUUAGUUUCCUCAGCGCCAUCUCCGCUUUAUGCAUAGCUACACAGCAUAAACGACGGAACAAACUGAAACUUCUGUACACCAAAGACGAAUUAACAGAGGCUGUCGUGGUGGUGAUGGAGAAACUCCCGGUUCACUCUGUGCCCACAUCAGUUCUACCGUGCUGCAUGGUGGCCAUUUACAACUUGAGUAAAAUCAAGCCUCCACUUGAUCCAGAACUGGAGUCGUGUGUCUUGAGGUUGGCUAUGCAUGGGGUUUUCACGAUGGACAUUGGGACUGGGGACGCCACCAAACAGGUAGGCAGCGAUGGGCCACCAAUUUGGAUGGCUUUGAAAGAGGAUGCGCUGUAUAAAACAACUUCAGCAACACUCGAAAUCCUGCUCAGGUCAUUAUUAGCAGAGGACCCGACCACCAAGCAUCUGCUGAGGAUCUUAAAACACAUCCAUUUUUGGAUACACUCGAAAUACAAAGUGGAGAGGAUCCGGGCUAUCAAAAGCAGUGCUGCCCUCCUACGUUUUGCUGUCCUUAUGCCAGAUUUUGAUGCUACCUGCAAACUCCCAGAACUGGGGCACCAUGUGGCAGAGCUGGCAAUUUGUAUUGGAGACCCCCAAGCAGCAGUCAGCCGACAUGCCAAGGAGAGUAUCUUCCGUCUCUACGAGCUGCUCCUGCACCAGAAAGGGAUACGCAUGAAUAAUGCCAAAGAACUCUGGUGCAGGAGGUACCAGGAAGAGAAGAAGAUGCUCUCUUACAUAAACAUGAUGAAAGUUGGAGAGGUGUUUGGGACGUUCUUCAAUGAACAACAAAGAAGAUCCUUUCUAAGAACAGCUUUGUUAGCUAUUUAUAGUCCGGAUCUGAGGGUCAGUGAAGCAGGGAUCCUCCUUGUUUAUUCUGUCCUUGGGAAUGCAGAAGAACUAAUGGGUGUGGAGGAAAAAGAAGUAAAGAAAAAAAUAUGGCAUCAGCUCCACAAAUUUCGAGUUUGCAAUGAGUUGCCUGUGGCGGUACAAAGUCUCUCUGCAAGCAAAGGUGGCUAUGUGGGGCCAGAGCUUCUGGGUUUCACAGGGUCUCCAGAGCUCGCUUAAAA